CAGGACUGCUUCAAGUUCUAUGCUUCUCCAUAUCCCUGUACUCUUCACUUCUCUGGUAUUGUAUAGUUUAUCUAGGGUUGAUGGCAUUUCUUUUAGGUACACCGUUUAACUUCCUCUUGUUGUAAUCCGUGAUUUUCUUCCAAAUUGUAAGGUCAUAAGGGGAAGUGUUUGCUAAUUGUGCAGUGUUCAUUACCAUUCAUGACUUUAACAACAAAUCAAGCAAUGCGUGCAGCAGGACCUGGACAAUGUUCAGACAUGGUCAAAUGAUGCCCAUGCCUCAAAAAAAUAUGUAAUCGAUGAAUCUGCCCAAAAGAGGGAAUCUAACCACUUACUCUUGACAUUGGUGUCACUACAGUCCAUAUUUUGGGGUCACCAAUGACCACAAAUUCAGCAGGACCGGCCACAUAAAUGGCAUGACUUCAAGAGCAGGUCAGACUGGGUAUCCUGCAAUGCGUGACUCCUCUGUCGCUUGAAGGCUUCUCUUACCACCUGCAGUACACGAGUCAGGAGCCUGAUGGAAUGCAGCUCGGGCAACUGUUUGGAAGCUUCAAACUAUCUGGGACACAGCAAACUGUUUGAUUGGGAUCCCAUCAAUCACCGUGUGCCACCAGUGUAUAGUGGUUGCUUUGUUCUCGGAAUUUGACUUUGGAAUACAGUUAGCUGCAUGUCACACACUGAUCUCAAGUGGAAAGAUGCUCAUAGAAGUUUCCUUCGUCACUGUGUCCGACUCUUGGAACUCUGUCCAAUAAAACUGUUGGGAGUACCUUUACUGGAUGGUUGGAAAUAAAUCAAGAAGGUUGCUUCCUGUCAUCUUCUCCAGAGCAAAUGAGCAAUAAGUGUGUGCUCUGCUGAUGCAACUCAGAUCCAAAAAAAGGAAAUAAAACACUCUCCCUCCAUUACUCACUUGGGCCAUUGGCUCCCAGUGGAGCGUAGGCCUUCGAUGACCUCCGGACUCCAUUGUCCACUGAAGUCGAUUCUAUGGCUAGAGUGCAUCUGUAAUCUACUGUACAGGGGGGUUGUCCUACACAGCUUCAGCAGAGCCCUGUUGGCCGGCCUUACCUGUUUACACCCUUCAUGAUGGAGAUUUAGAGUUGGACUUGGAGAGGUUCUUCCUCCUUUAUUUGCCUUAAUAUUUCAUGGGCCAAAUUGGCCUCUCUCUUUGGCAUGGAUCAAGCUACCACAGGUCAAGGAAAUGACUCCUUCCAGUACACAGCCCCCAAGCAGCCGAAGAAAGGGGCACAAGCUCCAGGUAGCAAAAUUGGAUUAGAGAAGUCAGGAGUAAGUUCGCAAAAACCGCCAACUGCUGGUGGCCCUCCGGCUGUGUUGUUUGCAACUGCUGUGCAUGCGUACCAAUACCUAAAUGGUCAGUAUGUGAAGCAAGGGAAGCUGGGGGCAGCAAUUCUUGGAAACCAUGCUUCAGGAGAGUACAAGAUUCUGCUAUACGCUAGUCAACAGAAGAAGAUUGCCAUUGCUCGCAUCACUUCAACGUUUACUUUUACUGUUCAAGCCAAUAAUUACUGCAUGUUUUAUGAUGAUCAGAGGCAGAACUGGUCAAUCAUGUUUGAAUCCGAGAAGGCUGUGGUGGAAUUCAGCAAACAGUUGUGCAUGGCCAAAUGCAACUCCACCUCAUCACUGGAAUCUGUGCUGAUCCAGGAUCUGAUCCCUGGUGAUGGACAAGCUGUCGAAACAGGUGACUCUCUGGAAGUGUCAUACACGGGUUGGCUUUACCAGAACAACACAUUUGGACAGGUGUUUGAUACGAAUGUCAACAAAGACAAAUUACUGCGAUUGAAGCUAGGAUCAGGGAAAGUGAUCAAGGGUUGGGAAAUUGGAAUGCUGGGAAUGAAGAAAAAUACAAAGAGGCUAUUGAUUAUCCCUCCGAGUCAGGCGUAUGGAUCACAAGGCAUGCCAAACAAGGUUCCACCUGAUGCCACACUAGUCUUUGAGGUGGAGGUUAAACGGGUAAAAUUUGCAAAGGAAUCAGGAAUCGACAAGCAGAGUAUUAGUUCUCGUGAUUCAGUUGCAUCGUCACCAGCUCCCAGUGUUGAAAACUUGGCAAUGGAAAGUGCAAUCCCAGUACCAGUGUCCAUACCUCCAAAACCUGGGGAGCAAAAUGUGCGGGCAAAGUCCAAUUCAUUAAGCGACAUGCUUUCAAAUCCUGAUACUACUAAAGCCAAACUAAUUUCUCGAAUGGCAAAAAUGGGACAACCAAUGCCUUUUCUUGCGGGGGCUCUUUCUGCACAACCUGAUUCCAGUGACUCUGAACUUGAGGAUCAUUCUUCAAAGGUAGCUCCACUUGCUGCCUCAUCAUCAGUUCAGCAUACCGCAGCUCCUGUUCACAGUCUACCUCCACAGCAUCCAGCACCGGUGCCAGUUUCCAUGCUUCCGACGUCUUCAGCACUAAUGCCAGUUGCUUUGCCUGCACAGCAGGAACUGGCUGGCAGUGGCCAGUCCUUCCAGCCAUACACAGGAAUGCCCUAUGGUUACACACAAGGCCAUGGAUCGCAGACGCAGAUUCAGCCAAUUGGACCGAUGUACCCAGCUCAAACACCACAGUAUCAGGCUAGUGGAGAUGUCACUUCUUUCAUGAUGACUGAGGCACGUCAGCAUAACACUGAGAUUCGAAUGGCUAUCAGCAAGGCCUCAGAUAAAAUUGACCAGCUUGCACUUAAGAUGGAAGACUUACAGAAACACAUGACUGGCCCUGCAAUCCCAGGCAUUUCAUCAUUCACCAUGGAAACAAGCAUGAUAAUGCAUAAUAUCCAGAGGAUUAUACAAGAAAAUGAAAGACUGAAGCAGGAAGUGUUUGAUAAAAGCAAUCGUAUUGAAGAACAGAAUGGAAAGAUCAGUGAUUUGAUCCAGAGAAACCAAAGAUAUGUAGAGCAGAGUAAUUUGCUGAUGGAACAGAGGAAUGACUCUCUAAUUUCCUCAACUGAGAAUAGCCAAGCCCGCAUCCUGCUUGUGGAGCAAGAGAAGGUGAAGGUGACAGAGGAACUAGCAGCAGCCACUAGCCAGGUUGCAAAGCUACAGCUGGAGCUCACGGCCCACCAGAAAAAGGAGAUGGAGCUGCGCAAUCAGCUGGCCUCAGUGCAGCAGAAAGCAGAGGGACAGGGGCAGCGGCUCAACAAUGUGGAAGCCCAGUUAACAGAACUGCAGGAGGCAUCGGAACGUGCUCAGAACAAGUGCAAAGCAGAGAAACAAAGCCGUAAACAGUUGGAAGUGAAGGUUGCCAGCAUGGAGGAGGAACUUCUGGACCUUCGAGCUGAGAAGGAUAAUCUGGAAAAGAAUUUAGCAGAGAGGAAGAAAAAGGCAAUAACAGAUCGGCAGCGAGCUGAGAAAGAGAUGGAUGAAAUCCGGAAAUCGUAUGACGAGGAACUGGAAAAUGUACGAUCAUUGCUGAGGAAGACCCGGACAUCAACUGACCAGGCUGCAGCAGAGCAGAUUUCAGUGAUGCAUGCAGAGCUGGAAUCGCAGAGGCAAGCCAAGUGCGACCGGAUGCUUGCGUCAGCCAAGGAGCAGCACGACCAGCAGUACCGAGAAAUCUGUGAACAGCGGGAUUCCCAGCAACUUAAGAUUUCACAGCUGGAGGCAAAGGUAGCAUCAUGGAAGGAGUCUCGUGUUGCAGAGGAAGCGAAGCUCUUGUCUCUCCAGGAACAGGCUGACGAGCUACAGGCCCUGAAGGAGCGGUACUCGUUGUUGGAGAGCAGAUCUGUGGCAAUGAAGGAACAGUGUGAAGAGCGCAUUCAGGAGCUUCAACGGCAAACCCCUGUGGCGAGUGAAGCACGACAUACAGGCAACAUCCAGGAGGAGGUGAAGAAAAUCAUGAAUGGUGUGUUUCAGUCAGUGCGAAGAGAGUUUGAUCUUGAAGAAAUGUACAGUGGAAGAUCAGUUCUUGGCAUCAUCAUGAACACUAUCAAGGCUGUUACCCUCGAGCUCUUGGUCCAAUACCAACCCCAGACAAGAAGCGACAAUGAGGAUGAAGAAUCUGAGAGCGAAACUGAAGAGAAGGCGGAGUCUGCAGUCGAGAACCAAAAUGUUAACGUAGAUACCAGGAUUUCUGAAAGAGAGAGUGGAGCAAUGCAUGAAGAAGGUCCCACAGCAGCAGAAACGGAUCAAUUAAAUGAGGUGACUUUAUCAUCUAGCCACCAUCCUGGGACUGUCGAGUGUGAGGAAGAUCAAGCUGAAGCCCAGGAUUUGAAAGCCUCAGAGUUGGAGGAGCCAAAGAUACCUCUAACCCAUGCUCCAAAUAUUCCAACUCUUCCACAGAUUCCCUCUACAGGAGAGGAUCUGGUGAACGACACAAGGCACUUGGAGAAAUCGAUGGGCGAAGGUGGUGGGGUAGAAGUGUUAACACCUUUACCUGACCCAGAAGAUCUCCCUGACAGCAAAAUAUCUCACCAAGAUGCCAUGGUCAAAGAGUGUGAAAGGACACCAGAGAAGAAAUGUGAUCUGGUGGGUGAAGUGCAGGAUGGUGAACUGGGGAGGGAUUCUCUUCCAGUCAAGUCAACAGCUGGCGAAAGACAGGAAGAGAAAUCUCAGGCACACGACAAUACCAUCUCUGAAACUCGGAAAGUAGUUCAGCCUUUGGAGACCCUCCCAGCAGUUAAUGGGAACAAAGGGAGCCCUGAAAUCCCAAAAGGUUCGGCAUUUCAACCAAGCCAGGCUUCCUCGGAGCAUGAUGCCUUGCAUGUAACAGAACAUGGCUCCAGUACUGUGAAAGCAGGCCCAGAAGCUAAAUCUGUCUCCUCGGCAAACUCUUCCAGCCUUUUCAGUGACGACGACGAUGAGGGCUUGUUUAACUCGGCAACUCCCAAACUGGGAAAGACAGCGAAACUCUUGGCCAGGAAGGAAGAAGAGGAGGAGGAUGAUGAGGAGGAAGUGAGUAUGAAGGGUCGGCCACCACCAGCACCACUGUUUGGGGAUGAUGAAGAUGAAGAUGACUUUGACUGGCUGGGAUGAGGUUGUGUUUGAUGAUGCAGUAGAGUUACUGCGGAGAGAAGUGGUUUGAAAGGACGUCAAGGUGAAUCCAACACCUUUCUGGAAAACAUUGCUUCUACAGUGCUUAAUCUGAUGGAACUUCACAUUCCAAGAGUCUUCAUUUUUUGUAACCUGCUGAUCACAGCCUCCUGGUGCGAAGCUGUGUCCCUAGUCAGCACUGAAUGAACCUGUGGAUGAAAGUGCACUAACUCUGAUCAAAAUCGGUAGUGUUCCUGAACAUGACUUUAAUUUUAUUUCUAAUCCUUGUCAGAUCUCGGUCAAUUUUUAUCGCUGUGACAGUAUUGUUCUUGGGCAGCUUGAAUCCAACUAUCACUGUGUCUAUCAGUUAGCUUGUGAAUAUUUUCCCCUCCAUUUUCAUCAUGUCAAAUUGUUUGAGUGACACAUGAGAGGAACAGAACAUUGUCCUUGUCCUGUGUGUUGGGUAGAAUUCAGCAUUCAUUCACAAUAAAAUGAUCCCUGUGCCUUAACCUUAGUCACUUGGCCCAGCUCUUCCAUUUUCACGACUGUCCCUUGCAUGCACAGGGUUUCCAUUUGGAAGCCUUCAUUCUCAGAAGACAAUGUUAAAGCCCUCUUUCCAUUAACAGGUUGCUUUCCAUUUAAAAUUAACUGGUUAGCAGCUCCAUAAAAGGAGCACAGCCAUGGUUACAUUAAGAAGGAUGCUUCAAUGUGUUUGUGACGGGAAGACAUUGUUUGCCUAAAAUCAUUUGUUUUGAGGCCUUGCUGCUCAAGAGAAAAGGUUUUCAGUUCUGUCACAACUGCACCAACUGAAAUGGCUUGAACUAUGUUUUCUCCUUCUCCCGGUAGUGUCAAUCCAGUUAGUUGGUUUGCUCUGUAAGAGGGCAGCUACACACUUGGCUAUCCAGUCUAGAGGAAAAGGUCUUCUACUGAUUCUGUUGUAUCCACUAGCUCCUUGGUGCCCAUUGUCACUUCUUCAGGCAGGAGCCUGACACCAGCAUAUUGAAGCCCACAAGUCAAACUAAAAUGGUUCUUCCUCUUUUCCUGCUGGUUUUAUGGAUACAAAACACUGCCGUAGUUAGGAGAUACAGUGGUUAGCAGGCUGGUGGAAAUUGUAUGCCUGAGAACUGAAUUCUAACCUUGAUCUUGGCAACUAAUGAGACCAAUUAAUAGUUGAUCUGUGGAUUUGGAUGAACAAGACAGGCCGCUGCUUCGGUCAGCUGAAGCACAUCCGUUGUUCUGCUUCUGUUCCCUGAUUCUCUUUCCCGUAGCCUCUUCUUACUUGAACUCUGGAUUUCUAUUUCCCCCUUGUCAUAGAGAACCUGCCAACGUGAUUAGUAUCUUUUGCAAGUACUGUAUAAUUAUGAACUCACUGGCUUAGAUUAUCUUGAGAAAUGUGAGUAUUUCCCUCCAUUAGUGCCAGGAAGCGGAAUGCACACGGUAUGAAUGCAAAGAUCCUGAACUUCCUAGUGGCUGGUUACUGAAAUUGACUGACCACACACCGGACUUGACGUAGGGUCCACAACAGAUCAUCAGCUUCCUGCGAUUUCCCAACAGGUCCAUCAACUCCACACACCAAUGGCUUUUAGCGGCAAGCUUCAAUUAACCUUACACUUUUUAAUUAAAAUAACAAACAAUGGAAAAUUAUUUAAUGGAAUGGAUCUGAUUUUAAAUUUGUUAAUUUUUAAUAUUUUGAACAAUAUUGAAUGUUAGAGACAUUUGAAAACGAUGACAUUCUUUGCCAGCUGAUAGUCCAUGCAGAUGGCUAUGAAGACAUGUUUGUGGAUGAGAUUUGAUUUUCCUUGCCUGGUGUUGCCAGAGCUUUGCUGGGUUGUUGGAUCUGACUUCACAGGCAGAGUUGUUGCUUGAAGAUCCUGGCAGUGCAGACUCAGUGUGGGAGUUGUGCUACCUCUGGGAAAUUCUGGAACGGUUUAUUAAAGUGGAGGCAAAUGCAGGCUCAAUUCAGAGUGAUGUGCAUUGACUUAAGUAUCUCAAAGGAUUCUGAAUCUUUUCCAUAUGCUUUCAUACAGAUGUGUUAAAACUAGUAAUGUGUAUAAAACUUGGCUCAUAUUUAAAUUGAUCUCUUCUUCAGUCAUUGUUUUUUUUCUCAAUUAUAAGUUUGGAGGUGACUGGCUGUCUUGUUCUUCAGGAAGGUACCACCUAAUUCUCUAGUUUAUCUGCAGAGGCAAUUUCCUGCCUGAUAUAAUCUAUUAUCAGUGUUAGAUACUGGGUUUGCUGAAAUAGCUCUGAAAACAGAAAUGGUAGAACAGGAAGAGGCUAUUUAGAUCCUUCCUCCAUCAUCCAGAAGAUUGAUCUUGUCCUGUAAUUUCCACCCACCAUCGCAUAGUGGUUAUGCUUUACAGUACUAGUGCCCCAGGUUUAAUUCCUCCUUCUGUCUGUAAAGAGUUUCUGCAUUCGCCCCAUGACCAUGUGGGUUUCCACCGGGUUCUCCAGUUUACUCCCACAGUCCAAAGACGUACUGGUUUAUAGGUUAAUUGGUCAUUGUAAAUUGUCCUGUAAUUAGGCUAUGGUUAAAUUGGGGAUUGCUGGGUGGUGUGGCUUGAAGGACCAGAAGGGCCUACUCCGCACUGUAUAUCAAUCAAUAAAUAAAUUCUCAUUACCUCGCAACUCUGACU